GUGGCGAGGCGCGCUCGCGGCUUGAGGGGCGCACCUUCGAGGUGUGGCGGAAGUCGCAGCAGAACGACGGCUACGAGGCCAACAUGGGAGGAACGCGCCCGCCCUGGAAGGAUGGAGGUCGAGCGGCCAGCAGAGCUCGAUCACAGUCACGUUCGAAGAAAGAUUACCAGGGCGGGAAGAGGAGGCCGCUUGUGGUGUGUAGCAUUUGCUCUCCUGUCGGCAGCAGUUGGAUCUAUUGUGAUCGUAUCGCCGACAAGGCCAAGUGCGCAAAGUGUGGAACGUCGUGGUCAGACAUCUCGACAGGGACAGCCCCGCCAGAUCCACAGACCCAGGCCUUCGUCGCCCUCCUCGCAGAUCAGUACAAAGUCGCCAAGGACGGCAACAAUAAGGAGCAGUUGGAUUUGUUGGAGCAAGCGUGCCCUCAGCUACGAGUUCCUGAUCCAGCACCGCCACCAGUGCCCAAGCCCUUUGAGGAGCUGGAAACGGCAGCCCAGGCGCUCCGUAUGGUCACGACGGCGGGAGAGAAGUUACGCAAACGACUCCAACGCAACGCAGAAGAACAGAAAGACAUCCUGGAAAAGCUGGCCGACAACAAAAUCGCCGAGAAAGAAGCUCAGCAACAGGUGGACUUGUGUCGCGAGAAGGCGAACCGAGGACAAGCACCUGCAGCAGCGACCGUUCCCGACGAUGCAGCUACCCCAGAGCUCAGCGGUGAAGAACUGGCAGUCCUUGGCGAAGCAGAAAAGAAAGAGUACGAGGCAGCUAAGGAAGCGGCCGCGGCAGCGCAGAGGACCUUGGAAGCGGCGAAGGGGGCCGCCCAGGCCCGAAAGGAGGCUGCCGAGAACCUCCGCAAGUUCGCAGACAAGGUCACGUUCCAGGACCCCAUCAGUGAUGAGCAGGACCCGUUUUUGCACGAUGACCAACAGUACUCACAUGUAUUCGUGGCGAACAUCUCACAGUACAACGCGUCAGCUCGUGAUUUCAUUUUGGGUUCGAAGUACGAUGUGGUGGGCCUUGUGGAACACCACCUUCAGAAGACGAAGGCAGCCAACGAGGCCCAGCGGCGUCAACCAGAUGGCUGGCAUUCACAGUACACUUGGACAGCAGCCAAGAAGACGGGGCGAUCAGCAGACGGUACUCAUGGGGGAGUAUGUUGGCUACGUCGCUCUCACCUCCAGACUGCAGUGCACCUGCCCGCCGUCAAGGGGAGCAGCGCCUUUGAGAAGGAGUUGAAUGACAUUGCGGUGGUGCACUGGGACUUGAUGGGUGGAAUUCGCAUCGCACUCUUCGUGGUUUACCUCGACAGCGGACCAGGCCUGACAGGGCCCAAUGCAGCAAAGGUGAAGCAGCUGACACAAUUGACGGCAAGUAUCUCUACACCGUGGAUGGCAGUGGGUGAUUGGAACGUUACCCCAGAUGAGUUCAUGCAGUCCACGUGGGCGAAGAAGCUCAAAGUGACCCCGGUUUGUCCGAACAUCGAUGCGACGUGUACGAGUGGCAGAGGCCGCAUGUUAGACUACGUCAUUUGCCCACAAAUGUUCAGGCCUUUCUUGGGUGGCGUCGCGGCGGUAACAGAGGUACCGUGGAGAUCUCAUGUUGGAUUGCACAUCCGUAUCGCCAGGAAGCCAGCCAAGUUGCAGAUCUUGUCACCUGUAAGGGCUGAGCAGCACAAAGUACCAUACAUUACGGUGCACGUCGAGAAAGGCAUCAAGAGGAAGCAGCGUGACCGAGAACAGCAUGCAAAGCUUACGGAGCACCUGCCAGAGCUGGACGACAUCAUCUACGACACAGACCUGUCGGAAGAACAACAAGCUCUCCAACAAGAACGAGCAGACAUCGACAAGCUCCUUGAACCGACGUACUCCAGAGAGGUAUCGGCUACGGUCUCGGAUGAUGCAUGGCAAGAUAUUCGAAGGCAGGCAGACCACUGCGAUGUAUUCAGCCCAGACAAGACCACGGUGGACAGUUUGGCUUUUCAGUUAACAGAAACGAGCAGCGUGCAGUUGGGCGAGCAGUGCACUCGAUGGGCACAGGCUGCAGAUCACACCCUGGCCAUCUUGUGCGACAAAGAAGACCAA